GCAGGUGCUCUGUCUAAGCGAGAGAGGAUGCGAAAGGAGUGCAGGGGAGGGAUAGAGAGAAGGAAAGCGCCGGUGAAAAAGUCAGCAGUAUGGUGCAGGGCAUGAUAAAAAUGAUAUCAACAGCAGCAGAUAGCGCGUUUAUUGACCUGGGGGCUCCGCAAUGAAAGGUUUCUUGCAAGGGACACUUUGAGAUAUGAUGAGGUUUCUUUCUGGUUGGCAAUAGUACUAUGAUUUGGUAUGUGGUCACUUUGAUAGCAAGUGUAUUCUGCACCCGAGGAACGGCAGCUCAAGGUGCCCACGGCGUGCGAGAGGAGCCCCAGUUUGUGACGGCGCACGCUGGAGAGAACGUCAUCCUGGGAUGCGACGUGGCCCACCCCCUGAAUGGCCAGCCCUAUGUGGUGGAAUGGUUCAAGUUCGGAGUGCCCAUCCCCUUCUUCAUCAACUUCCGCUUCCACCCGCCUCACGUGGACCCGGAGUACGCCGGCCGAGCCAGUCUGCACGGAAAAUCUUCUCUGCGGAUUGAGAAGGUGCGUUCAGACGACCAGGGCUGGUAUGAGUGUAAGGUCCUGAUGUUGGAGCAGCAGUACAACACCUUUCACAACGGCAGCUGGGUGCACCUCACAGUAAACGCUCCCCCCAGUUUCACGGACACGCCGCCACUGUACGUUGAGGCCAAGGAAGGCGGCAGCAUCACCCUGAGCUGCGUUGCUUCCGGCAACCCCAUGCCCUCCAUCAACUGGCUCCGGGAGGGUGAGCCCCUGGAGGACAGCAUCAAGUACAAGGUGUCUGAUGGGAGUCUGACGGUGCUGUUGGUCAGCCGCGAGGACAGAGGGGCAUACACCUGCCGAGCCUACAGCAUCCAGGGGGAGGUUGUCCACACCACACGCCUGCUUGUCCAAGGGCCACCGUUCAUCGUUUCCCCUCCCCAGAAUCUGACGGUGAACAUAUCCCAGGCCGCCAAGCUGGACUGCCUGGCCGAGGCCUACCCUGGCAACCUCACCUACACCUGGUUCUGGGAGGACGACAACGUCUUCUUCAAGAAUGGCCUGAGGGACAGGGUCAGUAUUCUGGUGGACGGCUCACUCAUCAUUGGCAGUGUGAAGCCAGAGGAUGCUGGGAGAUUCACCUGCAGCCCCAGCAACAGCCUGGGCCGGCCCCCAUCCGCCUCGGCCCAGCUCACAGUGCAAUACCCUGCCCGUGUCAAAGACAUGCCACCUGCCAUUUAUGUGGCCAUCGGCCUGCCAGGCUUCAUCCGCUGCCCGGUGGACGCCAACCCGCCCGCCACACUGGUCAAGUGGACCAAAGAUGGCAACCCUCUCCGGAUAGAGAAGUACCCUGGUUGGAGCCAAAUGGAGGACGGGAGCAUCCGCGUGACUGAGGUGACGGAUAACUCUCUGGGCACCUACACCUGCAUGCCUUACAAUGCCCUGGGCUCUGAGGGUUGGUCCGAUCCCACACCCCUGGUGCUAAAGGAUCCCCCCAAGUUCUCGAUUGUUCCCGGAGGGGAGUACAGGCAGGAGGCUGGGAGAGAACUGGUCAUCCCCUGUGCGGCUGAGGGAGAAUUUCCCUAUCCCAACAUCACAUGGAGGAAGGUAUGGAAGCCCAGCAAAAGCAAGCACAAUGUCCUCCCCUCAGGUACCUUACAGUUCAAGUCCCUAAGCAAGGAGGACCAUGGGGAGUGGGAGUGUGUGGCCACCAACGUCGCCACGAGCAUCACUGCCAGCACACACCUCCUAGUUAUUGGCACAAGCCCCCACGCCCCGGCCAACGUUCAUGCGGCGGUCUCCACCACCUGGGCCAACGUGUCAUGGGAGGCUGGCUACGACGGCGGCUUUGAGCAGACAUUAUCAGUCUGGUAUGGCCAUGUGGUGAAGAGGGAGCAGCUGGGCCCACAUGAUUGGCUGUCUAUAGCCGUGCCUUCUGGCCAGACAUGGCUGGUAGUGCCCGGCCUGGAGCCCCAGACUGCCUACCAGUUCAGUGUCCUUGCACAUAACAAGCUGGGCACGGGCCCCUUCAGCGAGGUCAUCACUGUGAACACACUAGUUUUUCCUAUAAGUAUACCUGAACCCCUGGUGCUGCUUACCCCACCACGAUGCCUCAUAGCCAAUCGGACGCAGCAGGGCGUCUUGCUCAUGUGGAUCCCGCCGGCCAACCACACAGCUCCAAUCGAGCGCUACGUCAUGGAGUUCCGCCUAGGGGAGAGGUGGGAUGUCCUGGACGAUGCCAUCCCCGCUGGAGAGACAGACCUGCUAGCCAGAGACCUCAUUCAGGAGGCAUGGUAUGAGUUCCGGGUCAUAGCAGUCAUGGAGGAACUGGUCAGCGAGCCCAGUAACACAGUAGGAGUGUCCAGUACAGACUUCUUCCCACCCCCGGAAUUGGUGGAUGAGGGGGGACUGGCGCGGCCGGUGGUGGCUGGCAUCGUGGCUACCAUCUGUUUCCUGGCAGCUGCUGUCCUCUUUAGCACACUGGCAGCCUGCUUCGUCAACAAGCAGCGCCGACGAACGCUCAAGAGGAGGAGAGACCCCCCUCUCUCGAUAACACACUGCAGAAAAAGUGUGGAAACUCCGUCCUCCUCUGGUAAGGUGAGUCCGGAGAGUAUGCGUUCCAUGGGACAACCAUCAGAGUGUUCUGAGGACGGGCAUAGCAUGAGCCUGAAGAAGAUCCCCCCGAGUUCUGCGAAGAAGGAAGAACUCUCCCUGUACAAGAAAACCAAGCGAGCAAUAACGAGCAAAAAGUACAGCGUCUCCAAGUAUGAAAUGGAGGCAACCACGCCCAUUGAGCUGAUCAGCCGAGGCCCUGAUGGACGCUUCGUCAUGGACCCCAGCGACAUGGAGAUGAUUUCCAUCAAGCCCCGGCGAAUUGAGGGCUUCCCCUUCGUUGAAGAGUCAGACCGCUAUCCCGAAUUCCGCCAGUCGGAUGAGGAGAACGAUGAUCCCGGGCCCAUGCCCCCCGUCAUGGCAACCCUUCGACCUCACCAAAUCUCCCCCAUCUCCAGCCAGGAGUCUUACCUGCAGCCACCAGCCUACAGUCCCCGCUUUCAGAGACCUAUGGAAGGUAUGACCAUCAUGGAGAGCAGUCGGUUUGAGGCCACGGGGCAGAUCCAAGGCUCCCUGCACCACAGAGCCUUCCCCCAGAGCCACGAUCACUUCUAUGGGUACCUUGGCAGCCCUGGGGAACCCGACCCUCCACCCCCUUUCUACAUGGUAGACACCAGCCCUCUGAGCUCUGUCAUGUCAUCACCACCUUACCACCCCGAAGGGCCCUUUGGUCAGCACUGCAUCCCUGAGGAGAUGGGGGAAGGAGAUAUUCAUCACUAUGCCGUCUCAAGCUGCCCCCUUCCCCUGACGCUUACCUCUUCCUCUCACUCCCCGGAGAUCAGGCACAGACCCGAUUUCCCCUUUGCAAAUCUGGAAAGGCCCCACUUCAUUUUCCCACCCCACCAACCUUUGCAUCUCCACCGGGAACCUUUCUUUCCUCCUCCCCAUGUUAUUCCCCCUGGCGCUCUCCAGCCAUCCUCUCUCCAGGUGCCCUGCUAUCCCAGUGUUCUGCAGCUGGAGGUCUCAAAGAGUUGUCCAGGCAAGUCUCCCAGCAAGGUCAAGCCUCAGGGCCUUCCAGUCAAGUGUUUAGCUAUGCAAGAGGCUCAGAGUCUAGGGAAGCUAAGACACAUAAGCUACAGUAUGGGUGUGCCGGUUUUGCCUUACCCCGACCCAACAGCCCUCAUGGGCAGCCCUAGCACAUUCAGUAGCCUGGACACCCGGUGGUUUGAGCCUACCCCCCGGCUCAGCCCCAGGCAGGCUCGUAGAAUGGAGCCUAGCAUGAUGGUCCUCCAACCUUCCCGCCUCUCGCCCCUCACCCAGAGUCCACUUAGUUCCCACGAGGGCUCCCCAGAGAUUCUAGUGCGACCGCGUCCCCGUCCUAGCUUCGUCCAGCCCUCCAUACCUCCAGAGAUGUCUGAGAUCACCCUGCUUCCCCCCUCUUCAGCCAGCUUCUCUCGGAGGUCGUCUCCCUCUUCCUCUCCCGCCCAUGGUCAGGUUAGCAAGAGGGCAAGUCCCAGCUUCCGCUCCCACAUGGCCUUUGCCACCUCAGCCACAAGCUACCCGUCUCAGUCCCCAUCACCCCCCAUGGAAAGCAGCAACAUGUUUGGGCAGAUCCCAAGUGAUCCCAUUGGGCAGAUACCAUCCCAGAGGAGAACUGAGGAGGAGGUCCUUCCGUCCGAGCCCUCUCCACCCCAGUUUUCAGCUUCAGGAAAUCGUCGAGGUGAGCCGAGUGCCCCUGCGGGGUCUGAGAGGUUUGAUGCAUUGAGGUACCAACGUAUUAAAAAGGCCAAGAAGAUGAUGGUGGUCAACAACAACAACUCCAAGUCCAGAAGAAAAACAGGUGUCUCCACCUUUCAGACCCAGCAGGACUACACCUCUCAGGUACUCCAGCCCGAAGAAGCUCUCUACCUCCGCAAGAAGAAGAAACGGCCAGUCAGACAGGACCCGUAUGCCCGCUUCUCCGCUCUGCUGUACCGCCGCCCGCCCCGGGAGGACCGGAAGGCCAUUUUGGCCAGCAUGGAUAACAUGGACCCAGACCAUGCCACUCUCCUCUGACACUGGGGGAGUCAGGUUACACUCUUCCCUCAAAAUGCCACAAAACCCCACCUGGAAAAUGACCUCUCAGUCUAAAGCGUUGCUCAUUCCCCAGCAUCAAUCAAUGGAUUUAAGUUCCUUUUUAAAAAGAAGUUGAAAGUAAAACAGUGGCUAUCCAAUGUUUCCAAAUUUUUACUCCAGUGCAAAACAUUUAAUUUGAGGGAAGCAAUACUGUGUGCUACAACAGAUUACUUUGAAACAAAUGUUCGAACCAUUUGGAAAAGGACCCGUCUGAGGUUUUCACUUUCUAUCUCAUCUUUAUACUUCAGUACAGGCGUAGCCCAUAGUAAAUACGGUCCAUGAAGCCUAGUAAGGUCUCAGUUUACAGCACCUUGCUCACCUGAGUAUCCUCACCUGCCUCACUCUGCUAGCCCUCGAUCACCUCCCAGAGACUCUCCCAUCCACACAGGGUUCUCACUCAGAUCCUACAAAAUAUACCUCAGAGCACAGGACAUGGCACCACAACGAGGCUCAGCUAGCUGAACACAACUGUAUUGGCGUGUAUUUUUUUAAUGAUCUUAUAACUUAUUUUAGCAGGGUUUGGUUGAAAUUUGACACAAUUUUAAUAACUCCAAAUGUGAAAAUCCAAUUGGUAACUGUCACGAUCGCAUUAGGAGCGGACCAAAAUGCAGCGUGGUAUGUGUUCAUGAUGAUUUUUAAAGAAAGCACUGAACACUGAAUACAAAACAAUAAACGAAUAAGACGCUAUAAUGAGACCUGUGCUGACACAAGCAACUAACAUAGACAAUCACCCACAAACAAACAGUGACACCCAGGCUACCUAAGUAUGAUUCUCAAUCAGAGACAACUAAUGACACCUGCCUCUGAUUGAGAACCAUACUAGGCCGAAACAUAGAAAUCCCAGAAUCAUAGAAAAACAAACAGACUGCCCACUCCAACUCACGCCCUGACCAUACUAAAUAACGACAAAACAAAGGAAAUAAAGGUCAGAACGUGACAGUAACAAUAUAUACCAACAUUUGAUUAGGUCGAUGUAGGUCUACUAUAAGUUGUAGAAUGAUAUCAUGCAGAUCAAAAAUCUAUCCCUGGGCUCUGGUCUUUUGACACCAUAACUGAAGUGUUCAUAAUGGCUAUUAGGGAAAUGGAGCAUGUUAUGCUUCACAUAUUUGAUAUGUUGUGGACAUACAGUAUCCAUCAUCAAGUAUUCUCUUGGAAUCGUUUAGAAGAUAAUUGUACAGUUUAGUUAUUCUUUAUAAACAUUCAUUCAAUUUUAUUCUCCCUUAACCCCAUAAAGGACUGGUGAGUAUAUCCCCUUAUGGGGAAGAUCUGUCAUAAAGUAAGCACAAAAGCUCAUAGAUCUAUUUUGAAUAGGGUGAGGGGAAGGGAUUACAUUGGGUUUAUGCUCCAUUUGAACAGAACAGGUACUACACUCUAGGCUACUGUACAUCUCUCAAGGCAUACAACCUCACACACUCUACACAAUACAGUUACUAUUCAGGUUGGACUUUGGUUGUGUCAUCGUCUGGGAAGGAGUUUGCACUGGAGCAAAAGUUUGUCUUUUGCCAUUUUGCUAAUUAAUGUUUGUUUUUCUCUUUAUUUGAUGCCAUCUUAACUUGUACUAAUAUACUUAUGUAGCGUUGUGAAUAGUUCCGAGGGCUCCAUAUCCUAUUUAAAAAGUACUAUAGUAAUGCCAAAAAUACUACAACUUCCUUAAUCAAUAAAAACAUCACGUGUACUGUAAUGAGAGGAGGAUAGGAUUUUGUGCCAUAGUAUACUAUAGUAUUUUUUCAUUCAUAUGGGCCUGAUUCGAUGAACAAGGGGCUUAUGAUGGCCUUUAUAGGGCUUCUUCUGGUUGCCCCCUUCAGUUUUGUUUAUUUUUUGGGGGUCUUUUUUAGUAAUUUUGUUCUCAAUUGUUCAUGAAAGUAACUGCCUUUGGUGGCCAUUUGCUUUAUUUGUAGCCUUGGCAUCUUUUUGUCUUUGUGUGCUUGGAAUUCCACAUGGCUGUGAUGAGAAGAAUGUCGACACUUGUCUAUUUUCCUUCGGAAAGAUCAAUGGAGGAGCUUCUUGUGGAAUUAUGGCUACGCAGAGCUGCUAAAGUUUUUAUUUUCUUAAAUGUGUUUUCCUGUCAUUGAAGGGUGCUUUUUUAUAAAUUGUUCUGUAUUAUCAUGUCGAUAUAGACAUAUCUAGGCUCGUCAAGGCUGAGCUGUGUCUGUCAUGGCAAUGGGGGGUUGAUCUGGUGAUAGUCAGAAAAUGAGAGGUGUGUUUGGAAUGGUUUCACCCAUACAUGUAGGAACACAGGAGCUGCUGUGCACUGGAGUCCAAUUGCUCAUGUGUUUUGGUUCAACUGUUUGGUUCACUGUUGGUUUGACAUUUCUCUGAAUUAUGUAAAGCAGGCACUUAGAUUUGGGUAUAUUAACACAUUUCCCUCAUUGGGUAUAUUAUUGAUACUGUACAAUAAAGGCACUUAAAGGUACCCCCCCCCCCCCAAAAAAAAAAAAAAAAAGAUUUUUGGUAUCUGUUUCAUUACUUCAUUGUUGUCACUUCACUUUGUCAACAAUGGACUAAUGAAACAAAUAUCAAAAUAUAGUUUUUGUUUGGAGUUUUCCUUUAAGAGUUGCAACUUCAGGUGCUAACAAACUCACCAAAACUGAAAGUGGUAUUUCUACUUGCAGAGAGAUUAGUAAUUUCAGAGGAAUGACAGCUACCACAUAUAUGAAAUUAUACUGUAAUUGAUCAUACUUGAUGUUUUAAGGUUGGUGCAAAACAACCAUACGCCUUUCAACAUCCAUCUUGGUGCUUCUUAAGCUGGAUGUGUACAUUGAGUCCAAGAGAGUCUGAAUCAUGGAUACCAAUGCUCAUAUUAUGUUUAUUUUUUGCCGUGUAGAAUUUAUAUACUUUGCCUGCAUAUGUAUUUUACAUCAUAAACAGAUUACAUAUUGUG